ACCCUCCGGCGCAAGACCUCCUGCAUGCCGAGAGUCCUCCUCACCUUCACCGGCUCCCUCCCCAAAGCGGCCGUUUGCUGCGCGAUCACAAGAUGGUCCGGGUGAGCCCGUCGUUGCAUGGGAGCCUAGUGUCAAGUAACGGCUCCGCGAUCCCCGCGGGGGGGGGGGGGCGCACCAGCGAAGGGACUCGCGCUGGUGACGCGCGCCUAGAACUGAACAAACCCCAUCAAGUCCGGGACUCGUGGAAGAGGGGGGGUGCCGGGGGUGCCGGUGCGACCCGGUUCCUGGCAGGAACAAACGUCUACGGCGGAUCAAAGAGGCCGAAAGGGCUUUACUCAAAAAGACGGGCAGAAGUUGGGGGCGGGGGGGGAAACAGAAGAAAAGCAACGAGGGGAGGGGGAAGCAAUCCGACGGGCAUGGAUAGUGCGCAAGUCACACGCACGGGGGAGACAAGGGUUAACACACCAUACACGAGUUUGUCUAGUCCUACGGGGUGGGUGGCAUUUGAUCCCCGCUGUUCAUCUUAAUUUAUAUUGGUUUCUCUCGGGAUCCGGCAAAUGCCAAUUGACACGUGGAAAACAAGACACACGCCCUUCGUCUGCGCUGCGCUGCACUCAGUGACGACAGCUUCAGGCGUUCACGUCCCCGUCCUGGGAUCCGCGCCUGAGAAGACGCGUGUUUCUUACAAACCUAACCUAGUCUCAUCCUGUCGGGAUCUUUGGGGGGAGGGCCAUUCUCAAUCGCAUUCUUUUCCAUCAUCU